AUGCUUCUUUGGAUACGAGGGAGUCUCAGUCCACAAGAGCUGAGGGAUCGUCUACUAGCGGAUACAGAAUUUGAAUCCCAACUCCUGCAGUGGCUUGAAGGUUGUCAUACAGGCGAUUUCUCCACAACCACAGGAGACGUGCUCGCUGAAGAGCUGGAGGAAAGUUAUAUAGAACAUCUGUCUGAUGGCACUUCGGAAACACGCACGAGGUUAAAGCGCAAUAUCCGUGAUCCAGCUACUACCCUUCCCCGCGCGCCGCCGCAGUUUGACGAGCCUGAGGAUGUAGCGGCAUGGCAUAAGUCCUUCUUGGAGGAAACCGAUAGAUUGGUAUUCUGCUCCAAUCGCCACGACCGUCGGCAUGGGCAGGGGUGCUGGCGUUUCAACGCCUCGGGAACAGGCUACUGUCGAGCACGAUUCCCUCGAGAGCUGUUUGAGCACACCCAAGUUGACCGAGCCAGCGGUGCGAUCCGCUUCGCUAAAAAUGAGGCGUGGAUCAAUACAUAUAAUCCUGUUCUCUCGCAGGCUAUACAUUCAAAUACGGACGUUUCGUGCCUCCUGUCUGGCACACAGGUGAAGGCGAUUGUUGCAUAUGUGACUGACUACGUCACCAAGACAUCACUGACUACUCACGGAUUCUUCGAAACUGUGCGCGCGGUC